AGAUGAUGGUUGUUCGAUAAUGUUUUCAUCACAAGUUUCAUCAUCUUCUGUUGAUUUGGAGAUAGAAGAUGCUGUGACUGAAGUUGAAUUCGAUGGUAUUGUAUCUGAUGGUGGUAUAAUAGGUAUCGAAUUUGGUGAUGCAAUUUGUUGA